UAGCGGAAGCAAUACUUAUGAUAUGGCGAAGCAUUCACUAACACCAAUAAGUGUAAGAAUCUAAUGCUAACCAACGUCAUGAAUUAAUUGUCAAAGAUAUUAACGUCCAGAAAACGAACAUUGUGUUCACCCUGUGCUUUUUCUAUAACGCCUCGAAAAGUCUGAUGUUGACUCGUUGAAUAUUCACGAAGGAGAAGCCGAACUGUUCUAAUCAAAGGAAGAAAGUGUUUUACGUCCAUGCGUUUGCCUGAAGUAUAAAAAAAAGGGAAAACUCCUUUUUCAUAAUUAUAUUAAAACUAAACGUUAAAAGUAAAUCAGAUUGAAAAAUGAAGUUACCACAAAAACGUCAAAUAUUCGCCGCAGUAACAUUAUGUCUUGCGACAUUCUUAUCGGCACCCAUGCAAAGUUGCGCUUUAAUUGAUGACGUCCUAGAUGUUUUUCAGGUAACUAAAACAAUAACAGUAAAUGUUUUGAAAGCCUGGCAUAUAGUAGAAGAUGUAGUAGAAGAUGAGGCUACCGCUCAGGGUUUAAAUUUUCCUUUGGCUAAAGAUAAGCACCAAAAAGUGCUCACACGCCUAAAGGAGGUUAGCAAGCAAAUUGCACAAAUUGAAGACCAGCACACUGAACAAAUCGCCGUGGCAGUGGAUUCGAUUAAUAAUUAUAUUGAAAGUAAUUUAAAAUUGUUGCACAAACGUAACGAAAUCGAGGACAUUAUUAAUCAAAUCUCGUCACGAUUUAAACAAAUGCAGACAUACGAAGCUUAUCAGGACAAAUUGGAAACAGGAACGUUAUUGGACUUCGCCGAGUGGACAGUAUCGCCAAGCGCCUAUUCGGCUUAUAACCUAAUGGGUCGAUUAUCUUUGAUUAUGUUUGGGGCCGAAGAAAAAAUCGCUUCGGUCAACAUAUUCGAUUUAUUAAUGCAAGGCUAUGAGCAAUCAAAAGGAGAACGAUGUAAUGGUCGACAGUCGACGCAACAAUUCUUAUAUUUCUUAUAUUCGGAUAUUGCUUUAACCGAACUUAAAAGUUAUACGAUGAUGCAAUUCUCUUGGAUGAUCUUGCGUAUUUAUGGCAAAGGUAACUAUACCCAAGAAUCGACACUUAUGAGACAAGAGUAUGGACGACGUAACGAGAAAACUGUGCGUUUGUUGCGUAAAACAAUGGAUAGCGCUGAUCGUAGUGUUUGGCGUUGCGACCCUGCCGUCUACAAGUUAGGUGAAACCUAUGAGGAAAUCACACGUUUAAUUCAAGGUUAUAUUGAGAAUGAAGUUGACAUGAAUGAUAACCGGGAGUGUUGGUACACGUGCAACGACUACACAUAUGCUAAAAAUGUUGAGAAAAAAUCAUUCGCUCGCCAAGAACCGUGUACAGGCUAUUUGCGCACAUGCCGUUACGUUGAUUCUCACAUGUCCGUAUGUACAUCGGCUGAGAAUAGCGCAAGACGUUAUGAGUAUAUUCAAUAUGAUAAUGGUAUUACAUUCGGGGAAGAAAGAAAAUGUGCCCGCGAUACUCAGCAAGUGAAUUCUUGGUGGCGAUAUUUAUUUUGGCAUUGCAGUUACUGUUUUUGCUAUUGCGAUGACAUCUACAGUACAAAAACUGAUCGGUACUUCAAUUUACGCGAAACUCGAUCUGACGUGGCGUCCAACAGAGUAGUAACAGGUUUACGUUUUACAAAAAAAAAUCGUAUAUUUCAUUUGCAAAUACAAGAUGGUGAACUUCUACCUCGAGGUAAUAUCAACAGAACUUCUUUAGCAUGGAAGCCUGUCGAAAAUUACACCCUCCAUGACGAAAAUGUUCAUAAUAAUCGAGAUUAUUAUACACUAAGUUAUAGCGCGCGUUCCAUUGAUUUAGACGAUGUUCAAACCGACGACAAUACUUUUACAGUAACUGGUGUACGUUUUCGAGUGAUAAGUUCACAUAUAAAUUUGGAAGUAUGCUUAACGGAAUUUAAUUUUGAAACUGGGAAACUGGUGCAUCCCGAGAACAAUAGUUUUUGGAAAUCAAACGACAACACCGAUGUUAGUGGAAAUCGACGAGCUGCCAUAAUUCUAGAUGAACCAGAUAUGCCUACACGUACAAAGGCUAAGUCAAUCCCAGACUCACGGCAUAAUCAAUAUAUUGAAUUUAGCCCAUCAAGCAUGCGUAAAGAUGCCGGGCAAUCGACAGUGCCUUUUAUCGACAUACAAGAUGUCACAUCAAAUCCUCCGGUACCCUUGGCUGGCAUUGGUAUCUAUCAUAAGGGACGUCCUGGCUUUGGUGGUUUCUUGGGUCCUAAACUAUUCACUUAUGAUAUUGCCCCGCACUUUCAAUCGCUUCGUAACAAUUAAAUAAUUAUCUAUCAUAUCUGAGAAUUGCUUUAUUAUAUCGUAUUGAAUCGUAUAUAGCGUAAGCCAUUAGAAACUAUCUAUCUGCUUUUUUUGAAAUUAAUUAUACAGACUUAGCCGAUCUUUAGUGACAAAUAUUUGACUAGUAAACUCAAAACCAUCACAUUUAGAUAUGUAGAAGUAAAUCAAUAUUUUAUAAUGUAUUUUAAAAAACAAUAAAAAAUUAUUAACUAAAUAUCGCCUGUGCCUAAUUAUUACAGGAAAUGAGGCAUUUCAUUA